AACGUUCCAAUUAUUUCAGAAAUAAAAUCAUCAUUACAAGUAAGAACGGACAAUAUUGGUUUCGCUCCAUGAUUUCUGUAGUGAUAAUCACCGGACGUAAUUGCGCAGCACACACAGGGGUAAUUGGGUAAUUUAAUCACAUAGCCUCCCUUAUCUCGUCUCCCAUUCUCGUCAUGAAUCAGGGUUCCGUCUUUGCGUCGCACCCAUACAUAAAAGGAGCAGCUUUCUUCUUCGCCUUCGUUUGUUCUCUCUCCGCUUCUCCAAAGAUCUCAUCUUUUUCUAUGUUUUGUCAACUCUCCUGUCUUUUAAUUUCUUGAAAUUCAGAAACCCACCUAAAGAAUUCGAUCUUCUGCAUACAAAUUCCUUAACCCAGUUUACGAAUUUCGAGAUUUCGCCGGAAAUUUUCCGUUCUUUUUUUCCAGGCCUCUAAGUUGUCCUUGCCGGAGAAAUUCCAGGAAUCUAACCCUGAAGCAUGAGAGUUCAUCCUUUGACCAUGAAGCGGAACAAUAUCCUGAUUCACCAUCACGCUCGCGACCCGAAUACCCGAGAACCCGUCAAGAAGCUUCAACGUUUGCCCCAUAUCUUCGACCGAAUACUGGAGCUGCCCUUCAGGUCCGAUGCCGACGUGUCGGUGGAGGAGAUGCCCGACUGCUUCAAGUUCUCGGCGGAUACUGAUGGCUUCCUCGCCGGAGACGGCGGAGGAGUGAGGGCCCACAUGGUGGAGAUCCAUCCAAGUGUGGUGAAGAUCGUUGUCAGACUAAACGGAUCGUCUCUGGGUCCGUCGUUGUUGGACGAGCUUGAGCUCGACGUGUGGCGAGUCCGGUUGCCUGAGUCGACUCGGCCUGAGCUCGUGACGGUGGUUUGCGAUGACGGUGAGCUGAUAGUGACGGUGCCUAAGACGUCGGAGAAUUCGCCGGAGGAUGAAGAAGAAGAGUGGUAGUGGACGGUGAUGGAGCUUUCGGAGGAGGGUAUGGGAAGGAGGAGGCUAGUAGCCUCUGCUGUUGGGUUCUCUUGUUGAUGUUUUAUUUCUCCGUACAAUGUCUAAUCCCAUCCGAUCCAAUAUAUGUCGGGAUUUUGAUGUUUCUGAUCAAGAAAUCUCUUCGACCAGUUCAUGAA